GUUGAAGAGUAUAUCAACUCCGAAGUGUUAUCAAUGCUAUUACAACUGCUCCGCCUAGUAACUCUAGUGGUUUUCAUCGCGCAUUGGGUAGCCUGCAUCUGGUACGCCUUAGCCGACACCGAGCCAAACACUGACUUUACAUGGCUCGAUCGGUUCGACUAUAGGGAUGCGCCGGCUGGGGAUAAGUACAUCGCUGCUAUGUAUUGGUCCUUCGCGACGAUGACUACGGUGGGCUAUGGUGAUAUAUAUCCGGUCAACUCGAGAGAACAAGUUUUUGGAGUGGUCACCAUGUUGUUGGCAUGCGGUGUUUUCGCAUUUUUCGUGGGGGCGAUCGGUUCGGUCGUGAGGAAACUGGACGCGAACGCUGCAGCUUUUCGCAUGAAGAAAAAGGCUGUGAAUCAGUACUUCAGACAACGACGUUUGCCGAAACCGUUGCAAGUAAGAGUGCGACGAUAUUUGGAAUUCGUGUGGGAAUAUGGCAAAGAUGUGACUUCGGAUGAAACCGAGGUGAUGAGUAUCCUGAGUCCACCCUUACGAACAGAGGUGAUGCUCCAUCUGGUCGGCGGUGUGAUUCGCUCCGCACCGUUUUUUGCAAAUGUCCCGUUGUCCAUGCUGAAGAAAAUCUGUCAAGUGGUGACGCGGGAAACGCACGCGCCAGGUGACAUCAUUUUUGAGGAAGGAGAAUGGGCGAGUUCUAUGUACUUUAUUAUCAAGGGCAAGGUUAAACUAGUGUCGAGAUCAAAUGCAGGAGCUACGAUUGGGUACCUCUCGGAAGGCGGCUACUUCGGGGAAGUGGCUCUGUUUAUGGAAACGUCUCGAUCGGUCUCGGCCAAGUGUUUGUCAUUCUGCGAUACUAUAUGUUUGAGUCGACAGAGUCUGGUGGACCUGUUGGUGAUAUACCCAAAAUUCCGAGAUAAAUAUGAUGCCCUGUGUCGAGAGGUUCUGAGUGGGGACGUACGAGGACUGUGCUUACAGUGUAUACAUUGUGGGAAAAGCGGCCAUCUCAGCGAUAUGUAA